GGACAUCACGUCACUCAGACACUCACUGUCGUAACGUUUCAUCAACUGAAUGCUUCGGUAAAUAAAACCUAUGCUAGUUUUGCUUGGUAAAUUUUCAGAGGUUUCUAUUUUCCACUUUUUCUACUUAAAUUUAUCAGUUUUAUCGCAGUAUUUAUGCAAGGCAAAAAUAAUAAUAUAUUGUUUUUCGCUGAAUGGUUCUUACAAUAACUAGUAGCUUGCAUUUAGCUAGCAGCUAGCUAUGCUGCUAACUGCAUUGUUACAGCAGAGAACUGCUUCUUAAACUUGCUUCAACAAUCAUGGUUUUAUCCUGUAAAACACGAGUUUAAACGGUAGUCGGACCUGCAAAGGUGGUAAUAUAACGAGAGUAAUAUGUCAGCGCAAAAGGAUUGUGAGUUUUUGGUGAAAAAAGCCCGUGAGUUGGUCUCUGAAGAUCCCUGUGCAGCCAAAGCCUGGCUAAUAACAGCCAGAACCCUUUAUCCUGCAGAUUUCAACAUACAGUAUGAAAUGUAUAUUAUUGAACGAAACGCAGAGAAAACGGCAUCAGCUGGGAGGCUGCUGUAUGACAUGUUCAUAAACUUUCCAGAUCAGCCCAUUGUUUGGCGUGAAAUUAGUGUCAUCACAGCUGCCCUGCGGAGUGACUCUCAGGAUAAACAUGCACAGUUUCUAAGAGGCCUUUUUGAGACAUUGCCAGGUCGUGUGCAAUGUGAGAUGCUGCUGAAAGCCACAGAGCAGUGUUUCAACACUUUAGAGAAGGCAGAGAUGCUUUUGUUACUUUUAAAACGCUUUCCAGAGUCUGUGGUCCAACACGGGGUUAAUUUAGGAGAGACGUUAUUGGAGGCAGAGGUAUCAGAGAAUGUGGAAACUCCUGUCAACUGCUUCAGAAAACUUUUUGUGUGUGAUGUUCUACCUUUGGUUAUGAAUAACAUGGACAUGCGGCUGCCAACAAGCCUAAUGCAGAAAUAUAUCCUUAAAGCAGCUGAGUUCUACAUUGGUUAUGUUUCCCGUGGACCAUCACCUGAUGUGCAGAUACAAGGAACCCAAGAUGGUGGGACUUUAAAGUCGCCUGGGGUAUCCCGUGGCUCUCAACGAUAUGUGAUUGAUGGCCUGUCAGAAAAAUCCUCAGUGGUGGCAGAACCGUGGGAGAGGCUGCUUGAUAUUGUCACUGUGGUUGGUGCUCGCUGUGAGUGGCAGGGAGACAAAGGACAGAGGAAUUAUGUGGACUUGUUUCAGAGAGUGAAGGAGCUGUGUCGUUACCUGCCCAGCCUGGAAGGAGAAACCAGGUCCCGCUGCUGCAGUCAGGUGGUCAUUUGUACUGCGCUCAUCCUUUUCCGCAGUGCUUUCCUCUACGUUUCAGCGGUUCAACCUUCACUGUUCCAGGUGGUCAGUGCGAUGAACUCAGGGCCGUGGAUUCUGGUGGAGGACUUGAGUUCAGUUUACAGUGAUGUGGAUGUAGAACGAGCAGCUCUGAAACACGCACAUAAGAAACGCAAACUGGUUGAUGGGAGAGAGAAAACUAUGAGCUCAGAUGAUGAGGAGGGUCUAGGGAAAAGCAGAGGACGACACAUUUUCGUUAACAAGGCUGAGAUGCCCAGCUGGGCAGAGACUUUGGAGAGCUUCCGCACAGCGAGAGAAAGUUGGGACCUCCUUUACUCCCAUGAUGGUCUAGAAACUGAGUUUAAGAAGAUCUGCGCUGCGUGGAAAACGGAGAGCUGGCUGUGGUUCAGAAUAUUCCUCACAGACAUGAUUAUAUACCAAGGCCAGUACCGUAAGGCCCUCUCGAGCCUGCAUCAGAUGGCUGCAGUGCAUCAGCCUCAGCCUGGGCAGCAGAGCCCCUCGGGUCAGGCCAGUCUGGAGCACCACAGGGCGCUCAUACAGCAGGCAUCCUGCCACUACGCCCUGGGGGAGUACAGAAUGGCCUGUGAGAAGCUGCUCGAUGUUGUCGGUGGACUGGUUCCUCCAAGCCAAGAUCUAAACAGAUCACACGAAGACCAGGGGAGAACAAAAACCAGACCCAGGAGAGCAGGUAAUGACCUGAGGUUGCUCCCCUGCACCAGCAGAGCUGUGCUACCCUUCUGUCUCCAGCUGAUGCUUGCCCUCUUCAAGCUGCGAGCCUUCACAGACAGCCGUGACGACUUAUCCCUCGGCCACGUCGUGGUGCUGCUGCAGUUCGACUGGCCGCAGGGUGAGAUGCUCUUUUUAAAGGCUGUGGAGAAAAUCUGUCAGCAAGGCAGUUUCCAAUAUGAGAAUUUCUUCAAUUAUGUCACCAACAUUGACAUGCUGGAGGAGUUUGCAUACCUGCGUACUCCAGAAGGAGGGAGGAUUCAGCUGGAGCUGCUGCCCAAUCAGGGGAUGCUGAUUAAGAACCCUAGCCCCGCCCUGGGGGUGGAGUUAAACACCCUUCUCCUACAAGGGGUGCAGACAAUGGACAGACACCACACAGUGACCCGAGGGAUCACCAAAGGAGUUAAGGAAGAUUUCCGUCUGGCUAUGGAAAGGCAGGUGUCUCGUUGUGGGGAAAACCUAUUCAGUGUUCUCCACCGUUUCUGCGUUAACGAGAAAAUAAUCAUCAUCCAGUCCCUUCCUUGACGCUCACUUAGGUUGAAAUGAAUCAAGUCAGACUGAACGUUUGAUUCCAGAAACUAAAGACAUUAAUAGCUCUCUUGGCUUGCCUUAAAGACGUUUAGAAUAACACUGGAUUUAAAGUGUUUAUAUCAUUCUCAGCUUUGCUUUCAUGUUGCUUUUGACGCAACAAUCAAAAAGAUUUUGAUACUGUUUAAUAAAGUUGAUUGUUUUUGGUAAAAUCUUGAACACAUUUUAUGUUUAUAUGUUUCCAAUAAAUGUUACAUGAAUGGUUGAGAUAAAUUACUGAUAACAUACAAGCACACCAGUCAGCAGUAUUAGAAGUUUGAUACUUUGCCUCAAAAGAAGCAUCCACCUAAAGGGGGCAUAUUGUGCAAAUCAGAAAUUUUUGCAUCUUUUUUGUGCUUCUAUGUGGGUUUCUACUGUCUAUAAAUACUCCAAAUGUAAAUAAAAAACAUGCAUCUGUUUUC